GCAGUCGCGUAGAAUCUCGAUUUGUCCUUCGGGAGCAAGACCAAAUCCAUCGUCGCGGGAUGUAGUAGCUGCAGCAAAAGCAAGCCUUGCGCAAAGAUGCCGCGGGAAUGUGAAUGGAUGGCCUCGCAGCAGAGGCACAAAUUUCUCCCGCAGAAAGUUGGAGUGGGCCAGGCUUGUCCCAUCCCGUCUAGCCACAAUGAAUUACCCCGGUGUCGUAAACAGACUCCACAGCUAUGCCAGACGCUGUCCUCCGACUCACCCAACCAACGCUCCAUGCGUGCCGUUCCUGUGGUCCGAUAUCGAUUCGGAUCCGUCAAGCAAGCAAGCAAGCAAGCAAUUAGCAAGCAAGGGAACAAGCAAGCAGUGAAGUGGUUCAAACAAAGGACAGGGGAGGAGGUGUGCUGGUUUGCUGAUGCGUGCAGCAGGGCUGCAUCAGUCAUACACCCACGCUGCGAGAGGGCCAGCCUUGUCUCUCCUUUCUGCUCCACCUGAGACAUGGCUCUAGCUGACCAGGCUCUGCAUGGGUCUCACGUGGAAUUUGCGCGGAGAUGCGUGCAUGCCAUGCAUGGGGCGUCGACUCGACAAAGCCCCACGAUUUGAGUCCUAGCUGACUUCGAGAAUGCGGAUGCUCUGCAUCAUGUGUCACAAACUCACAAACGACUUUGUCUCACAUCUCACAUCAAGGUCCGAGGUGCCGGCAUACGCG